GAAUGCAACCUCAAAAUAAUGCAUGCUUCUGAGCUAUUAAGUGGUUUCCAUUCCCUUUCGAAAAAAAGUCUUACAUUAAUCUUCCAAAUUCUGCCGUCCCCACUCCCCCACAUGUACAAUUCUUUCCGACGAACACCUUCGACCCUAACUAUAAUAUGGACACCCUCAAGAAUGACCUCUCCAUUUCCAUGACUAUGGCAGCCUUUAUUGGUAUUUCAUGGUAUAUCGGCAUUGAAAUAAAUUUUACCCUGUUUGUUCUUUUUAGCAGAUGGCGAGGGCUUUACUUCUGGUCGUGUGCACUCUGCUCCUGGGGUGUCAUAUUACAACCACUAUUCAUUAUCCUCGCUGAUUUUGGCGUCUGGGAUAAUCUUACAGGAUCUAUUACGAUGAUAUACUUAACCUGGUUCCUGAUGGUGGUGCCCCAAAGCUGGGUCUUAUAUUCACGUCUGCACUUAAUAGUGCAACGCCACAAGUUGCUGCGAGGUAUCUGGGUAAUCUUGAUAUUUAACUCUGUUGUUUUCUCGGUGCCAACUAUCAUAAUCGGGACUAUUGCGGUAAGUUAUCUACCAAAUCACCGGAUUAUGACAGCCCCUAAUACAAACCCGAAUACAGCAAGCGACAACUAUAAAUCCAUCUCUCAAAAGUUUCAACUUAAUAUGGGAUCGGAUUCAGCUCACCGUCUACUUCGUCCAAGAAACUAUGCUAAGCAUCCUGUAUAUUUACGAGACGCGCAAGUACUUGAGUGCUAAAUCAUUUCUUCACCAACGAGGAGCUGCGUCUUCCUCUACCCAUCGCGAUACCAACAACAGCGUCUUCUGGCACCUUAUCUACAUGAACUUAAUGGUCAUCAUCCUCGACAUUGUCCUUCUUGGUAUCCAGUAUGCCGGUUUAUUCUAUCUACAAGGUGCCUUCAAACCUUGUGUAUACGGCGUCAAGCUUAAAGUCGAGUUCCUCGUUCUAAACAGUCUGAUCAAGAGUACUCGGUCACGUAACGCCGAUGCCACAUACAACUAUUACCGAAAUACGGAGAGUCACGAUCAUACAUUGGUAGCUCAUGGGUCAACGCCAGGUGGAAAUUCGCUCGAUCAACCUGGACACCGACUUGGGAGCCAAAGACAAGUCGAUGACAUUGACUUGGAACCAAUGGAUAGGAGAUGGCCUGCUCAGGGCUCAGUUUCAAAUGCUAGCAGCGCCGAAGCGGAUACCAGCAUAUCAGGAAAACCUAACGACAAAUGGGGUAGCGUUUACAAUAGUACGAGACUUCAUUAGGAAGAGAAGGAGCCGAUACAAAAUCGGAAAUAUGGCAACAUGUGCACGAGAUUCCUUGAUAUCAUUCUAACGCACCAUGAAUCGUAGAUAUUACGUUCAUAGCCGACUCCACUUUGUGCGCUUGGUUCUACUCCUUUUCGCUUCUUCGGUUAAGCUUAUUCCUAACUACAAUGGGUUAAGUCCCAUUCGUCAACUCCACGACGAGGCGAAGGACCCGGUAGAUCCAAAGCUAGGCGCUCGGUGGCAUUUUUCCUGCACUUAAGAGAGCAAUCUAACGGGAUAUUUCUCCCUUUAUCAAUAUUGAUACUUCAAUAAAAAUAUGAAGAGAUCUCUACCCUGUACCACAAGGUAUAUAAUUAGACAGAGCAAGACAUAUCGCCAAGGAUUAAUUACGCAUUUGAUUGAAUGUCUUGGAAAGGGUAGGAUAUAAGCAGAGCGCUCUGAUUACCUACUUAUAUCAAUUCUUAUGCUCUAUCCUCUUACUAAUAUAAGAUGCAGAAGUGAUAUAUAUCGAUGUAGUCCGCCGAGAACAGAAUUAUACUGCUCGGAGUAUUAAUAUCAUUUAGACAUGGGGGGUGAUAUAUAUACCAGUUGGGGCUUUGGGAGUGGGGGCAUAAUUUAAAGAUAUAAAGAAUACAUAUGUGUUUCAGAAAUGACGCUAGCUGAUGGUAAGUGGCGAUUGGUAACGAGCCGGUGGUACAAGGUAUCGGGCCUCUAUAUUAGACAACUUCGUGCUUUGGAUCUCUCUAAUAUUGUCGAUAGUCUUGUUGUAUAAUGUCAAGACUGCGGUCUGUAUGGCUCGUACGGAAUUUUUAAUGGAUUGUACGGAUUGUAUGAGAGAAUAUAUUCACUAGUAUGGGCUAUAUAGUUUAUAUUCAUCGAAUCUAGACUAGGCGACGUCCUAAUUCAAGGUUGGAUUAUACUUGAGAGGUACACUUAUA